AUGCCAAUGCCGACCUUUCUCAACAGCACCAUGCGCGCUGCCGUCAUGACGGGGCCGUAUCAAGUUCAUAUUGAUCAGUUCCCGAUGCCACGCAUCAUCAAUACGACUGAUGCAGUAGUUCGUAUCACAACUUCGGCGCUUUGUGGUUCAGACCUGCACCGUUAUCAUGGCUAUGUGGGAGGGGAGCCACCAUGGGCGCUAGGCCACGAAGCUAUGGGAUACAUUGAGUCCAUCGGUAGUGGUGUAUCUUCUUUGGAAGUAGGGCAAUACGUCAUCAUUCCAGAUAAUGGCGCCACUGGACACAUUGAUAUGGGAGUUGCGACUGGACCUCGAAUGGGCCUACCCUUUGGAGGUCUUAACGGAGGUCUCCAAGCUCCCUACGCCCGAGUACCGUUCGCCGACAUGGCUCUUAUCCCCGUCCCCCUGACCGCCGAUACCACCAACACCAGCAUCGAACAAGAUUAUCUGACCGUCUCCGAUGUCUUCUCCACCGGAUGGAUUGCUGUCACUAAGUCUGGCUUUGAGCCCGGUGACACUGUUGCUGUCUUUGGUGCUGGUCCUGUAGGCCUGCUUGCUGCGUACUCCGCCAUACUUCGCGGUGCAUCUCGGGUGUACAGCGUAGACCAUGUCCCCAUGAGACUUGAGAAGGCUGCAUCCAUCGGAGCCGUGCCAAUCAACUUCAUGGACAGCGAUCCCGUACAGCAAAUUCUCGCAUACGAGCCUGGUGGUGUCAUCCGGGCCAUCGACGCUGUCGGCAUGGAAGCCAUUACUGCCAACGGUACAAUGCAGCACAACAUCGUGCUGAACCAGAUGGUCGAACUUGUUGCAGCAGGUGGCGGAAUUGGCCAGAUUGGGAUCUACCUGGCCCAACCGAACACUGGUCUAGCUCCGAAUGCGGAGAGAAUUACGCCGGAAGUCUCAUUUCCCCUCACACAGUUCUUUUCGAAGGGUAUUAGAUACGAAGGCGGUAUCGCAGAUCCCGAGACUGUUGCUGGGGAGCUCGUCAACUUGAUCUCCAGAGGUAUUGCGAAACCAGGCUUCGUGGCUAGCGCGUCUAUCGACAUUGAGGAAGUCCCUGCGCACUAUGAGCAGUUGAGAAACCAACAGGAGCUCAAGGUGUUCAUUAAGUUCCCUUGAGUAAUGGACUCGAUGACCGACGGGCCUGUAUAGAUGGGCCGAGUACAUCUGCAGAACUUCCCAUCACUCCCCUUGUACUUGGAAUCAUGGGUCAUAUCCAUCUAUCCAACAUGUAGACUCAAAGAGUUUAUUUGUUGGGAGGCAACGGGCUUUGCGGAAGCACACAUUUCAAUAGCAUCGUGUAUCUGAC